CUUAGAAGAUAUCAUGUGUCGUUUUUCUUCAUUGUACUUAUUUUUAGAUUUGUUUCAGAUAUAACCAUGGCUACAUGUACAACUCUUUGUGGUCCAUGUUCAGUGCGAUAUUUAACCAAACCAUCGACACACUGGUGCUCGGAGUGUGAAGUAGCCAUUUGUGAUGACUGCAAAGAACAUCAUAAAGUACUCAAAGCCACACGAAGUCACGAACUUAUACCAAUUGCCAAGUACAGAUCUCUGCCGUCCUUCAUUACUGAUAUACAGCAGUCAUGUAUCUAUCACAAUGAAAAGUAUCAACAAUACCGUGUUGCGCAUGCGUUACCUAUUUGUUUCAAAUGCAUUAAAGAACACCAGAAAUGCAACGUCAUUCCUCUUGAUGAAGUCACAAACAACGCGAAGACAUCCGGGCACUUUCAAGAUUUGGAAACUGGACUGAUGGACUUAUUACAGAACAUUGAUAUAAUUAAGAAGGACCGUAAAGCUAAUUUGGUCAGUGUUGAAGAAAGGAAGGACAUACAUCUUGCAGAAAUUAAACUAAUAAGAAACCAAAUUAACAAACAUUUAGACAAACUUGAAAAAGACAUAAUACAAGACAUUGAGAAAAAAGAACGUCAAUGUAAGGAGAAUAUUCAGAAGAUUUUAUCUUCAGUUGAAGAAAAGGAAAACUUGAUAACAGAAUAUCAGACCAAUCUCCAAAGCACCAAACAACAUGCUUCAGAUUUUCAAACAGUUCUAGUUAUGCAUGAUAUUGAGAUGAAAGUUUUUGAAAAUGAAAAAUAUUUGUUAUCGUUGACUGAAACAAACAAAUUCAACCCAGUCGACCUGAUUUGUAAGGUUGACCCCGGGGUGCUUAGUAUCGUGAACAGUUUCAAAAUUUUUGGAUCAAUUGAAAUAAAAACGAAGUUGAGUAACAUUUGUUUAAUCAGAGCGAAAGACAAACAAGCACAGUUGCAAGUAACACCAACGAAGACCAUUAAGGAUUUGAAGUUGAUUCUACAGAAGAAAAUUACGACAACUUGUGAAAAAGUUAGAGGCUGUUGCGUGUCAUUUAAUGACGAUUUUAUCUUCACCGACUACUUAUAUAUAUACAAAAGAUGAAUGUUAUUUCGUCAGAUGGUACGUUCAAAUAUAACAUGUUUCUAGAUCCUAGUUAUGGGUUUGACAUAACAAUAAUCGAUGAGAAAACAAUCGCUAUCACAUCUGGAUAUUCUCGUGAGCAUAUCGGAAUUGACAUAAUAGACACCGAGAGCCGAAAGAUUAUAAAGUUCAUCAGCCUUCCUGGUCGUCCAUAUGGAAUCACAUGUGAUCACGAUUCAUUGUUUGUCCUUGUUGAAGGACGAGGUAUAUUUAAAGUAAACACUGUGGAUUAUAUUACCUCUCACGUGACCAGGUCUAACUUACCGGGAGGUUCCUGUGUAUCGUCAUUCGCCGACAAGAUAUACUACACUGACUGGAUAGAUCAUAGUGUUGUUUGUUGUGACCGUUAUGGAUCAUGUGGUUGGACUUUUAAAGACACUUCAAUUUUAGAGAACCCUAGAGGCAUCACUGUGGAUAAUGAUGGAAACGUGUUUGUUGUCGGAGAAACGUCGUCGAAUGUGGUCAUUAUAUCAAACGAUGGAAAACACCAUAGGGAAAUCCUGACAGACGAAGAUGGUCUACGUGAACCGUCAGCUAUUUUCUAUGAUAGAGAGACCAGCAAACUUCUUGUAGCUUACAAGAGAGAAACUGCUCUGCUUUACAAUGUUACUUAAAAUAAUAAAAACUUAUAUAAUAUUCGACAA